UAUGUAUUACACUCCAUCUAGACCUGCUGACAAUGACAAAUAACCUACACGUCAUUAAAGGCCUCCAGGUUAGAAUCCUCAAUAUCUUCAAAAAUAACCUGAAGAUCCACGCAGACUUGAUGAUUAUCAUGGAAAUCCUCAAGAGCGUCCCCCUCCAUAACAAAGGCCCCCAUAUUAAGAACAAGGUCUGGAUAGAGGCCCUUAACCACAAAGGCAAUUCGAACACCCAUAAGAUCGACCUUAACCUCCAUAUGGCAACAUGGCUAGAGGAUUUGAACGACCUCCUCCUGGUUUCAAUCCUUAAUUUCCUCCUCCACCUCCUGACAGAUUUAAUAAUGCACCCUAUGAUCCAGUCUAUGCAGAUGAUCGUUAUUAUCGACCAAUAUCAGCUCCUUAUGGUAGCCCCUAUGGUCCAAGGUAAUAACCAUACGGGGAACCUUCUCCUUAAGGUUUGAGAGGACCUGCUAGAGCAUAUGAUCCAAGAAGAGUAGGACCACCUCAAGAUUUUCGAGGUCCUCCACCUGAUUAUAGAGGAUUACCUCCUCCUGAUUUUCGUGAUGUUCCUCCUGAAUUUAGAGGAAUUCCCCCUCCAGAAUAUAGAAGAAUGCCACCUUAAAGUUAUUAAGGGGGAGAGUACCGAAGAGGAAUGCCAGAACCAAUGGGUUAUCGCGAUGAUUACAGUAGAGAUGUUGCAUCAAGAGGUCCAGAUUACAGAGGAGGACCACCUCCUGAUUUUAGGGGAGGACCACCUCCUGAUUAUAGAGGAUUACCUCCACCUGGAGAUUUCAGAGGUGGACCACCACCUGAUUUUAGAAAACCUCCUCCUGAUUAUAGAGGAAUGCCUCCUCAUCAACCUGAUUAUAGAGGAAUGCCUCCUCCUCCACCUGAUUAUAGAGGAAUGCCUCCUCCUCCACCUGAAUAUAGAGGGAUGCCUCCUGCAAAUUAUAGGGGACCUCCUCCUGAAUAUGGGAGAGGUAUGGAUCCAAGAGGAUUACCACCUCCAGGCGAGUAUAGAAGAGCACCUGGAUAUCCUCAAAGAGGAGCACCAUCCAAUGAGAUUUAUAGAGGAGAUUAUCCUCCUUAAUAUUAAAGAGGAGGAGAUUAAGUUUACAGAGGAGGACCUGGUGGAAGAGAUUUUGAACCAAGACGACCUUUGUCACCUUAAUCACAAAGAAGAGAUCAUGGAUACAAUGAAUUUAGUUCACCAUAAUAGAGAAUUAAGCAAGCUUGA